AUGCUGGUGGAAAUUCAUGCCUUUAAAACUUUCAAGUUUUUUUUUUUUUGUUGAAUAAAUUAGUAUAGAAGAAAAUAAAAUAAAUUUUCCAAGUACUCUAAUUAAUAGUCUAAUCACUCCAGCUGACCAUGCUGGUGGAAAUUCAUGCCUUUGAAACUUCCAUGUACUCUAUAAUUUAAUCGCUCCAAUCAACUAUCUGCACUGACAUUUAUUCCCCUUUCAAGUCUGAAGUCAAAUUACAAAUUUCUAAGUGUUCUUUUUCAAAGAAGAAAAUACUCACGGCUUCAAAAACUAAUGCCUCACAGCAGAAUCUGUUUAAGAACAAUUCAACGUUUUUGGUUGCACAAAGUUCCUACAGCAACCGACUCAAGAACGGAUUCAUGCAUCUAAAUCACAGAACAAGGAUGUUUUUUAUUUUUUAUUUUUUAUUUUUUGUUUUUGUUUUUGUUUUUGUUUUGAAGAGAUGCGCACUUUCGAGGACCACCAUCUAUUCUAUAUAGUAUAUAUCAAACAACUACUACUCUUCAUUACUUUUUUUGUCAGCACCAUCGGAUGGGUUGACGAUGGUAAGUCAAGUGAAAUGAUCGUGUGGAAACUAGUUAGCGCUGACUCUUGACCCGUCGAAACUACUGUUGUGGAUUGGAAUUGGUAAACCAGAACCAUCAGACGAUUGCAUUUGAGAGAACCUUAUUGAAAAUUAUAGAGACUGAAUUGAAGGAGAAAUAUGGAGUUGUUUCCCUUCAGGUUGAGGAGCAUAUGGAACGCUUGGGAUCUCCGAACAUUCAUGCUGGCAAGCCUUAGCUUGCAGAUCAUCCUCAUUUUCUCAGGCAGCCUCAGGAAACGCAAGGCCUCAAGGUGGGUGAGCCUCAUCCUCUGGUCAGCCUACUUGCUCGCCGACUGGGUGGCCACCUUCGCCCUUGGCAUCCUGUCCAACACCCAUGACGACGACCAUGACUGCAUAUUACCGGCACCGGCACUUUCUCACAGCCAGAACGACGACCUGCUUGCUUUCUGGUCCCCUUUCCUUCUCUUGCACCUCGGCGGUCCAGACACUAUCACAGCCUUCUCCUUGGAAGACAAUGAGCUUUGGAUGAGGCACUUGCUGGGUCUCGCCUUUCAAGUCUCCCUGGCCCUCUAUGUCUUCAUGAGGUCCUUGCCGGAUACUCGCCUCAAAGUUCCCGCUUUCCUGAUGUUUAUCGCCGGAAUUGUCAAGUACGGUGAGAGGUCCUGGUCUCUCAUGUGUGCCAGCAUGGACUGCCUGAGAAACUCCAUGGUAACACCCCCUGAUCCUGGCCCAAACUACGCCAAGUUCAUGGAAGAGUAUGCUUCCAAGUCAGCCGCCGGCCUCCAUGCAGAGAUUGAAGUGGAGAAGGAACCUGAGUCCAAGCCACGAGCUCUCCACACCAACGUAGAGGAGAUUAGCAAUGUCAUGCUUCUAUCCAAAGCCCACUAUUUCUUCAAGACGUUCAAGCGCCUCACCGUGGACCUUAUCCUCACAUUCCAUGACCGGAACGAGAGCCAGUCCUUCUUUCUCAAGCGUUCUCCGGCUCAAGCGUUCAAGUUGAUCGAGUUUGAGCUUUCCUUCAUCUACGAAGAGCUCUUCACCAAAUCCACCGCGCUGCAUACUGUGGCCGGGCCCUUCCUGCGCUUGCUCACGUUCUCAUUCAUCCUCUCUUCGCUUCUCCUCUUCUUCUUCACCAAGAAGCAAGGCUACGUAGACGUCGAUGUGGCCAUCACUUACACGUUGCUCGUUGGUGCUGUUGCUCUCGAGAUCUAUACCGUUGGUCUUCUCUUCUUCUCCGAAUGGACUUUUCUCCAGCUUAAAAAGCUCGGCUUUUACCAGCUCUCCAACAUGAUUUUCACAAUCAUCUCUUAUUUCCGACCAACCAGUAAGCCAAGGUGGUCUAAUUCCAUGGCCCAAUACAGUCUCAUCAGUUUCUGCCUAGCUGAUGACGAGCCUUCAGCAUUCAAAACCACACUGGAAUUCAUCAGCAUGAAAGACACCUGGGACAAAUACCGGCACACCAACUACAUUCCGGUGACCAGCGAGCUCAAAGAAUUCAUAUUUGAGGAGAUAAAAGGCAAGGCCAGCAGCGCAGAGGAUUCUAAAAGCUACAAACGCUUCAGUGAUUACAGAGGGGAAUGGGCGCUUCAGAAGAAGGGCUACGGCAAGGAGUUGGGUUGGAGCGUGGAGGUGGAGUUGGACGAAAGCAUUCUUCUCUGGCACAUUGCCACUGAUCUCUGCUAUUACUCUCAUGAUGAAAACAAACAAUCUCCGCCUGUGUCAAACCGUCAGAUGAGCAAGGCACUAUCAGACUACAUGUUAUAUCUACUUUUAGUUCGUCCUUUUAUGCUGACUGCUGGGAUUGGGCAGGUCAGAUAUGGGGACACUUGUGCUGAGGCUAAAAACUUUUUCCAGCGUGGUGAGGCUGCAGUGCUUGAUGAAAGGCAAGCUAGUAAGAUGUUGCUGUCAGUGGAAACUAAAGUGCCACCAGUUCAGGUGAAAGGAGACAGAAGCAAAUCAGUGUUGUUUGAUGCAUGUAUACUUGCAAAAGUAUUGCUGGAAUUGAAUGUUGGGAAAAGGUGGAGGAUAAUUAGCGCUGUUUGGGUGGAGAUGCUUUGUUAUGCUGCAAGUCACUGCAGAAGCUACUUCCACGCUAAGCAACUCAGUAGUGGGGGAGAACUGAUCACAUUGAUUUGGUUCCUUAUGGCUCAUCUGGGAAUAGGAGAACAGUAUCGGAUAGAAGCAGGGCAUGCCAGAGCCAAGCUUAUUGUGGAGAAGUAAUGCUCUCUCAUUUUAAUUCCAUUAAUAAUAGUCACAUGAUUUUGCAAUUUUUUUUGUGUUCAAUUCCAUCUAUAGCUCUAUCAAUCAAAUGUGUGCCUGCAAUGUAAUUCUAUAUAAAUGCACCUCAUUAGAUGGUUUUGCAUACCU